AUGGAUACCGAAAAUAUCUGCUCAGCAUGUAGCUGGUCACCAACACGCCAAGAGGGGUGUCGCUACAACAGUCAUGUGAAAAUCUUCUACGGCGUCAGCAAUCGAGGAGCAUGGUCUUUGGGUUCCAACCUGAUUCUGAAAGAACGGUCCUCUGAGCCACCCAACUUCGAAUCUCCCAACAUCCGAUUUUUGACCGAAAGAACAUCAAUACCUAUACCAAAAAUCGUUGAAGAGUGGCAGGAAGAUAACGGGGCAUAUUUUCUGCUUACUAAACGGAUUCAAGGCCACCCCUUGAGUGAAAUUUGGCCUACCAUGUCCGGAGCGGACAAAGAACGCGUCGCAAAACAGACCGCUGAGUAUGCGAUGCAGCUUCGCGAGCUUCACUCGAACCGAAUGGAAAGCUUAGGCGGGCGACCGCUAUACUCGGCUUUUCUAUUUCCGAAUGGGUACGGCAUUGGGCACGGGCCGAUUUCAUCUGACGAUGAGCUGUGGACUGAGAUGUCGUUAGCAUUGUCCAAAGUGCCAGAGGAAAUUCGCUUGAAUUUGCGUCAACGUAUGCCAACUGCUACUCCUUAUACCUUCACUCACGGUGACCUUACCAAUGUCAAUAUUAUCGUGGACAAUGGUAAUUUGGCAGGUAUUCUGGACUGGGAAGCUUCGGGCUACUUCCCUGUUUGGUGGGAGUUUACUUGCGCGGGAAUUGGUCUAGGGCAAGAAGACAAGGAAUGGAAAGAGCUGUUACGCAAGCAUCUGCCAGAUCAUACUGAGGCCCGCAAUUUUUGGCUGGAUUUCUACUCAUUGUGCAAAUAUCCGAACUUGGACGACAGGGGUUUACGUUUCUUAAGCAGUUGUGGAUUGAGCUUGCCAAAUGAGGCAUAA